GACCCUGAGAAGCACAAGAUCUGCCUGUUCGAGGUUGGAGAGUUCAAGGGUCGUAAGAUGGAGAUCAUGGAUGAUGAUGUUCCCUCUCUGUUCUCCUACGGAUUCACCGAUAGGGUCGGCAGCAUCAUGGUCAGCUGCGGAAGCUGGGUGGGUUACCAGUUCCCUGGUUACCGUGGUUCCCAGUACCUCCUGGAGAAGGGUGAGUACCGGCACUUCAACGAGUUCGGUGCCCGGCACCCCCAGUUCCAGUCUGUGAGGCGUAUCCGCGACAUGCAGUGGCACCAGCACGGCUGCUACACCUUGUCCAGCAAGUGA